CUUGUGAACGAGACUACUAUCAUUGGGAGAGAAGCACUAAACAUAGUCGUUGCGUUUGGAUACUCUCGUAAUUUUUAUGUUCUAGCCUAACGGGAGUGAACUAACACUUAUCUGAGCAGUUUGCGCCCUCGUCUUAUUCUCGUUUUUGUAGCUAUUCUGUUGUAACGCUUGCUAGCAUUUUCACUCUAUCCUAACUUUUCUCUGUGUAUCCUUAAACACUACGACAGAGUAAUCGUCGUUAUAUUGGUGGAAACAGUCGUAAGUAUCGUGUGGACAAAUCGCAUGUAAACCGGAGAAAGAAAUAAUCGCGUAGAACAACAUUACUAAUUGGUCAUUACUAACCAGAUGAGGGGUUCUGACGAGCUACUUUCUCAGACAGCUGCAGUUAGUAAUGGUGGUAUCAUGACUCCCAAACCUGGUCAUAAAGAGAACAAUAAUGAUGCCAAAAAGGUAAAGCUGGAUAGAAACUUGAACAACCCUUCUCGAGUGGUCCAUGUACGGAACAUUCCAAAUGAAGCCAUGGAGACUGAUAUAAUCAAUCUUGGAAUUCCUUUUGGUCGAAUCACAAAUGUUUUGCUUCUAAAAGGGAAAAACCAGGCAUUUCUGGAGAUGGCUGAUGAGACAGCUGCCUCAAAAAUGGUAAACUACUACAACAAUUCAGGAGUUCCAGUUAUCCGGGGCCGCACAGUCUAUGUCCAGUUUUCUAACCAUAAAGAAUUGAAAACAGACAGCACACAUCCUGGUUCGAUAUCAACCCAAGCAGCUUUACAAGCAGCCCAAGCCCUGACUAACAAAAUUGAAACUCAGGGAGGACCAAAUACAGUACUUAGAGUCAUAGUGGACAACCAGGUCUAUCCCAUCACUCUUGAUGUUCUAUACCAGAUAUUUUCUAGAGUUGGAAAAGUUUUGAAGAUUAUAACAUUCACUAAAAACAACACAUUCCAAGCUCUUAUUCAAUAUCCAGAUGUCAUCACUGCACAAGCUGCAAAAUUGUCGUUGGAUGGGCAGAACAUCUACAAUUCUUGUUGCACGUUAAGAAUAGAUUAUUCCAAGUUGACAAAUUUGAAUGUGAAAUACAACAAUGACAAGAGCAGAGAUUUUACCAAUCCUACUUUACCCACAGGAGAUCAGGGAUUAGACAGUCUUGGGAUUGGAGGUGCUAUGGGCAUGAUGGGAUCCCCUUUCACAGGUCUGCCCAGCCUUGGAUCGCCACUAACAGCUGCCUAUAGUGCUGCUGGAGGCUUUCCUUUAGGGGCAUUUGCCCUAUCUCAUGCUACCAGUGCGACCUUAGGCCUAGGUGGUGUUAGGCUUCCUAGUCAGCAGUCAUUUGGAGGGUGUGUUCUGUUGGUCAGCAAUCUCAAUGAAGAGAUGGUCACGCCCGAUGCUCUCUUUACCCUUUUUGGAGUGUACGGAGAUGUUGUGCGUGUUAAAAUAUUGUUUAAUAAAAAAGACAAUGCCCUUGUCCAGAUGUCUGAACCACAUCAAGCGCAGUUAGCACUUACCAAUUUGGACAAGAUUAAAGUGUAUGGAAAAGAAAUCAGGGUGAACCUAUCCAAACACCAGGUUGUUCAGAUGCCAAGGGAAGGUCAGCAAGAUGCUGGUUUGACCAAAGAUUUCACCAAUUCACAACUUCACCGUUUUAAAAAACCAGGCUCUAAGAACUACCAAAACAUCUUUCCGCCAUCAGCCACUCUUCAUCUUUCAAACAUUCCGGCAAGUGUGACUGAAGAAGAGAUAAAGGAUGCCUUCCAAAACACUGGAGGGAAAGUCAUAGCCUUUAAAUUCUUUCAAAAGGAUAGAAAAAUGGCUCUAAUUCAGAUGGGAUCCGUUGAAGAGUCAGUGAAUGCCUUGAUUAAAAUGCACAAUUACCAGUUAACAGACUCCAGUCAUCUAAGAGUGUCUUUCUCCAAAUCAACUAUUUGAACAGUGACCUUCCACCUCUGCAGCUUCAUUCAGUAAAUGUUAUGGUUUAUAAACCAUGAAACAACCUUUUGAUUGAGAUGGUUUUCUUUCUGGUUUGUGAUGAGUUAUAUCACCAGAAACAGAACCAGAAUGUAGAACAACACGAUCAGUACUGCAGUCUCAGGAGAAAUAUUUCUUUUAUUGUUAUUCUCUCUGACUUUUCUUUAAACCUGUAGGACAUUCACUGCUAAGCUAUGAGAAGUUCUACAAAAAACUUGCUUCAUAACAGUACCAAUUUCUAAGAGAGACAAAAAUCAGUUU